AUGGGCGAAUCCGUGAUUCAAAACCAGAAGACCGCCCUCAUCACCGGUGCUGCGUCCGGCGUCGGCUUUGCGAUCGCGAAGCUCUGCCGGAGCAAAGGCAUGCACCUGGCUCUUCUGGACAUCGACCGUGAGAAUCUAGCCAAGGCAAAGACGGCCCUGGUGGAUAUCAACCCACACUUACAGACCGAAUCCUACGUGGUGGAUGUUUCCGAUCGGUCCGCCUGGGACGCAGCCAUCAAGCAAGCUGUGGGGCUCUUCCCGGAGAUUGACCUGGUGGUAUUGAAUGCCGGGAAAUCCUACAAAGCUGCUGGCCAGCCCGAGGGAGGGCGACUGAAGACGUGGCUGGAUCCUGGAUACUGGAGCAAGACGCUGGACACGAAUCUUUUCGGUCCUUUGAAUGGGCUGGAGGCUAUCCUGCCCCAUCUCCUCACGGCCAAAGCCCAAACUCCCAAGUCAAUCGUGAUCACUGGAUCGAAGCAGGGCAUCACCAACCCGCCCGGCGCGAGCAAUCCGGCGUAUAACGCUUCCAAGGCGGCUGUGAAGAGCAUGACCGAGCAUCUCGCCCACGAUCUUCGGUCUGACCCCUCCACCGCCCAUAUCUCCGUUCACCUUCUCAUUCCCGGAUGGACGUGGACCGGUCUGAUGGGCAACGUGGGCCCCACAAAGGAAGAAGACGUUCAAAAGCCUGCCGGAGCAUGGUAUCCGAGCCAGGUGGCCGAAGAGCUACUAAAGGGAUUGGAACAAGGAUCGUUCUACAUCAUCUGUCCGGAUGGUGAGGCUGACCGUGCGUUGGAUCAGGCACGCAUGAAAUGGGGUGGUGACGACGCGUUGGAAGGACGGCCGGCGCUGUCUCGGUGGGAAGCGAACUGGAAGAAUCGUGCUGAGGAGGCUAUCCAAGCGGAUGCUCGGGGUAGAAGAGGUUGA